AUGACUCUCUCUUAUUCUCUCUUUUUAAAAACUAUAUACAGUCUAUCCAUUCCUUUCUUUCUUUCUUUUGAUUGGCUUACCAAUGAAAUCUUUUCAUACUUAUCUAUCUAUCUAUCUAUCUAUCUAUCUAUCUAUCUAUCUAUUUCGAUCUUUUCAUAUCUAUCUAUCUAUCUAUCUAUCUAUCUAUCUAUCUAUCUAUCUAUCUCAGUGUGUUCUUAUCUAUCUAUUCCUAUCUAUCUGACUCUGUUCCUAUCUGUCUAUCUAUCUAUCUAUCUGCCUGUCCAUUUCCGUCUUUUCAUAUCUAUCUAUCUAUCUAUCUAUCUAUUUAUCUCUCUAUCUAUUUUGUGUGUUCUUAUCUAUCUAUCUCACCCUGUUCUUAUCUAUUUCACUCUGUUCCUAUCUAUCUAUCUAUCUAUCUAUCUAUCUAUCUAUCUAUCUAUCAUAGUUUGGACAUUACUAUUUAUCUAUCUAUCUUACUCUGUUCAUUUCCUCUAUCUAUAUAUCUAUAUUGAUAGCCUCUUCCUUUCUUUCUUUCUUUCUUUCUUUCUUUCUUUAUCAAUCUUGUCAGAGUGUUUCAUUCGUUCUUUCUUAAUCACUUCAUCUAUCUAUCUCAGUCAAUUAAUAUCUAUCUAUCUAUCUAUCUAUCUAUCUAUCUAUCUAUCUUGCCACAGUCUUUCAUUCUUUCUUUCUUACUCAGCUCAUCUCUCUUUCUUUCUUUCUUUCUUUCUCUAUCUUGUCAGAAUGUUUCAUUGGUUCUUUUCUAACCACUUUAUCUAUCUAUCUAUCUAUCUAUCUAUCUAUCUAUCUUGCCACAGUCUUUCAUUCUUUCUUUCUUACUCAGCUCAUCUCUCUUUCUUUCUUUCUUUCUUUCUUUCUUUCUUUCUUUCUUUCUCUAUCUUGUCAGAAUGUUUCAUUGGUUCUUUUCUAACCACUUUAUCUAUCUAUCUAUCUAUCUAUCUAUCUAUCUAUCUAUCUCAACCAUCUAAAGAUUCCAGAAAAAUGUCCGGUUUCCUCGGCGAACAUCAUACGCAGGAUCUCGGCCCUUCCGCGGCCAUUGAAGUAGUACAGAGUGUAGUUAGGCAUGGUGACUCUGGGUCUGAAAAUAUCGCAAAGAAAGAAAGAUCGGACAAGAUUCCAGCCGGUGCUGUGUUAAUCGAUGUCGCAACUGUUUGUUGUUGA